GCACGGCGUGAUAAGCCAGAAACAAGGCUUCCCAUAGGUGUGGAAUGUGGUGGACAACCUUCUUCUGAAAGGAAUACUUGGCUCGGUAUAGUACGGGAGACAAAAGUGUCCCGUACGACCCUAGCUGGGCUCGCUGUCAAGCUGUUUCGUGAACGGGCCGUAGUCCGAAAUUUCGAAUGCUUCGUGUGGAGUGAAAGACGGUAUUCUCCAGUUGCCGUACGUGGGGCUUGAAGUUCAAUGGGUGACCAAGGGUGUGAUGGAAAUUUGGCCAGAGCAAGUCAUCCAUCCGGAGGCGACAUCCGUGUGACAUAUACUGACCAAAUACUGGCUCGUACGUACCGUAUGUUCACGAGCUCUUUCCCAAAACACCAGUGUCACACCACCUUUUCCCAGAGCGAAACGCUCAAGUCUCAGUCUGCCGCAAGUCUGCCAUUUGCUUUACACUUAUUUAUUCGUGUUUCAUCUCCUGAGACCUCGAGAACGCUCUCAAACACACAUUCCCCCCUUACAACUCCCAUGGCCCAAAUUCAAGCCUCCAUCACACUUUGUAGCAACUGCGGCCACUCGUUUAAUACCAAAGUUUCUUCUCUUCCUCUCGAUGUCGAUGCAUAUCUACGAUCCGGAGCACAGAUCGUUCCUAAAUUGGAAGAAGAAGCGUAUUCGAAAACUCUCUCAGAACUACGAAAGAAGUUAUCCCAGUACAAUUCGCACAUAUCCAACUUGAAGUGUAUCGUGGAGAAUCUCGAAGCUGGGCGCCAGUUGAUCAGGAAGUCGGUUAGGAAAGUCCGAUCUCUUGUUGCACCCAUUCGAAUGCUGCCCCUGGAGGUCCUUUCCAUCAUAUUCGAAUAUGUCCGCAUUUCCCUACCGUUCUAUGACGGGCACAAUGAGAGGCGAGUCGCAUCCAAAGGACCAUUUCGCCUCUCCGCUGUCUGUGCAUAUUGGCGUGACAUAUGUCUCUCUUUACCUCAACUUUGGACAUCUAUAUUCGCCAACGCCAACAACUCAGACCUAUUACCUUGUUUCAAAAACCUGUCAAAAUUGGCCGAAGAGCGUUCUUGCCAGCUCCCAUUAUCCCUUGAUGUAUCAGCACAGUACACAGCUCCGCACCUAUAUCUUAACGUUUUGUGGAGCCACUAUCACUUCUUGAAUUCCUUGUUCUUCGGCUUCGGCAACAGUACGAUUAAUUUGCGCCGCCUGAAGAACAUCUCCCUAGAGUUGAAUUUCAAGUUCAAUAAUAUAGUGCUAGACGAAAGCCGCAUUGAAUUUCCGGAACUGGAACAUCUCGAGCUCUCCGGAUGUUUGGAAGCAUUCCCUAACGAGGUUGUCAUCGGUAUAUUUGCGCAUGCUCCGAAAUUCCAUACUCUGUCUUUGGGCAAUUUCUCCGAUAUCGUGCAUUUCCGGUUGCCGGACGAACAGAUCACAACGAUCCAUUAUUCCGGUUUUCGAUCGCGGAACAUCGACGCUUUGGAGCGCCACAAGAGGUUCCCCAAUGUUACCACAGCUACUUUUCAUCGCUGUAAUCUUGAUUUGCUCAAUACAGGCGACCUUCCCUUCCGGAAGCUGCUUCUAGAAGAUGUGCUGCUAGAUAAUCAUGUCAGAGAUCAUAUUUCACAAACGACGAUCCCGUACCUCACUUCCCUCGAGCUGGUCAACACUGAUCACGAAGUGUACCGUAACGCUUACAAGGCAGACGUAUUUCGCAACCUCGUACAACGCGUCUCCCAGUCUCUCACAGAGCUCACGCUCACCACUGUUGAUUUCCUCUCCACUGAUGCGCUUCCCAUCCUUCGCAUGGCGCCGAACCUCUUGAGGUUAUCCAUCGUGGAGCAAAACAAGGUCCAGAUGCGUCUCAUUACUCCCAAUUUCAUACAAGGGCUUUAUGAUCCAGGGAUGCUUCCAGAGUUACGGCAUUUGCAGCUUGUCUGGUCAGACAGCGUGAAUGAGGCCGCUGUUAUGGGUAUGGUUGAGCAUCGGGCGUUCGAGUCUGUUGUUAUAGGUGUGAGGAUGGGAGGCACGCUCAGACGGGAUACGUUGGCUAAAGUCUAUGCUCUUCGAAAACGGGGUACAAUAAUAACCCUCUGGUAGAGAAGACCGCGGGAAUGCAUAUACACAUACGAGUUAACAUUGUGAUUUGUUGUGUGUAGGCUCUACCGUCUCGUACAAUGCUGUGAACA